AAAUAAAUAAAUAUUUAUAUAUGUAGGUAUGGUACGGUAUUGAGCAGCUUUGAGAUUUAUAAAAAAAUAAUGUGAAAUAAAUAGUAUACUGAGUAACCAUUUGACUAUGAAAUGUAUGAAUACAAUAUGACGAAAACCAAUGAGAAAAGUAUUCGUUAAAAUUAACUAUGUUGACGAUAUUGAAUAAUUUUUAAAUAAAGGUUUAAGAUAUUCACGUUAAAAUGUCGAAAGAAAGUUUAAUGUUUCAUCCUAUAAUUAGCUCAAUACAACGAAUAGCGCUUUAUGAAACAAAAGCUAGAUUCUAUUUGAUUGGAUCAAACAACACUGAAACGAGGUUUAGAGUUUUAAAAAUUGAUAGGACAGAUCCAAGAGAUUUGACAUUAGUAGAUGACAAAGUAGAGUAUAACAAACAAGAAAUUCAUCAACUUUUGAACAUGAUUGGUUUUGGAAACAGAACUGGAAGAUCAACAGGACUCAAUAAACUAGUGUCAGCAUUUGGGAUUGUAGGUUUCAUAAGAUUCUUAGAGGGCUAUUAUAUUAUACUAGUCACAAAACGUCGGAAGAUCGCAGCUAUUGGUUCACAUUCCAUUUACAAAAUAGAAGAUACAGCAACGAUAUACAUUCCGAAUGAAAACAAUAAGCCUCCUCAUCCUGAUGAACAUCGCUACCUCAAAAUGUUCUUAGCUAUUGACUUGUCCACCAACUUUUACUACAGCUAUAGUUAUGAUAUCACUCACACAUUGCAAAUGAACAUGGCACCUCCAAGACAACUAGCUCCGGCGUUAUUCCCUAAACCCAUCACAGCAGCAGUAUAUCAAUCAAACUUGAACACUGAUAAAGCAGGUGACAUGGGAUGUGAAUGUAGAAAAAAAGAAGACGAUGAAGACAUUUUUGAAACUUGGAAGAAACAAAUUCGACAAAGACAAGAAAAGACAGGAGGAAAAAGUCCAAAGCUAGAAUUCGGAGUGCGCAGUGUACCGGAGUGGAGGUUUGUUUGGAACAGUCACCUGCUAUCUCCAGUCCACUCACAUCUGCAUCCAGAUUGGAUAUUGUACAUUGUUCAUGGGUUCAUUGAACAAAGUAAUCUAAAUAUAUUCGGAAGAGCUGUAUAUCUCACUCUUAUAGCCAGAAGGAGUAACAGAUACGCUGGUACUAGAUUCCUUAAGAGAGGUGCUAAUAUGCAUGGAGAUGUCGCAAAUGAAGUGGAGACUGAGCAAAUUGUACAUGAUUCAAUGGUAUCAUCUUUUGCAGCUGGAAGAUUUAGCUCAUUUGUACAAAUGAGAGGUUCAAUACCAAGUUACUGGUCACAAGACAUCUCGAAGAUGGUACCCAAGCCAGCAAUAUCGAUUGACCUCGGAGAUCCGUUUGCAGAAAUACCAGGAAAACAUUUGAACAAUUUAAUGCGAAGAUAUGGGUCUCCAAUAAUGUUCCUAAAUUUAGUUAAGAAAAGGGAAAAGAAAAAACACGAAUCUUUAUUGACCGAUGUGAUUAGUAACGGCAUCAAAUAUUUGAAUCAGUUCUUACCCCCUGAGCAUGCAAUACAAUAUUAUCAUUUAGACAUGGCUAGAGUCAACAAGGGCUCCGAGGCAAAGGUUUUGGACAAAUUAUCGGCUAUAGCCCGUACAGUAGUGCGUAAAACUGGUAUAUUUUUGAGUUUAAAUGGCUACGGAGAAGAGAUCGGUGUUGAGGGGCAUCAGAGCGGUCGCUUACAAACCGGUCUUGUUCGAGUCAACUGCGUGGAUUGCCUCGACAGAACGAACACGGCUCAGUUUGCAAUCGGAAAAUGCGUACUAGCUUAUCAGCUAUAUGCUUUAGGUUUGAUCGGUACACCGGUUAUAGAAUUCGACUCGGACUGUGCGAGGCUACUUGAAGCUUUAUAUGAAGACCACGGAGACACACUAGCUCUGCAGUAUGGCGGCUCCCAACUUGUACAUAGAAUAAAAACGUACCGCAAGACAGCUCCGUGGUCCUCGCACGGCAACGACAUAAUGCAGACCCUUAGCCGGUAUUACUCGAACACGUUCUCGGAUGCCGAGAAACAGAACACCAUGAAUUUGUUCCUGGGCCUAUUCAUACCGGACCCGACGAAGCAUCCCAUCUGGGAGUUCCCGACCGAUCACUACCUGCAUCAUCCUGAAGCAUCGGUGUACAUACCGAGGACUAGAUCCUUAACGAAAUGGUGGGACGAUGACGUUGUUCGUCACCUUCCUCUGCCGUGCAAUGAAAUGAGGAAGCUUUGCUGCGAAAUAAUCGGCAUCCAGGGGGACGGCAAUAGCACGGUGGAAAUGGUUGAUGCCUACCACGACUAUAACAGACCUUUCGAGUAUACCGUUUUCAUGGAGAGCUUUGAGUUUAAGAUGAUACAUACUCUACGUGACUUGGCUCCAACAUUCACGGAGAGCUUCAGUCCGUUUGUAGUCCGGGGUCGCGCGAUCGGACAGAGCAAGGGACCUACUUCCAAGAACCCGGUCAUAAGCGGCAGAUCCAGUACCGUCUCGAACAACUCUAGCGACUCGAAUAGUGAUUCGUCAACUGACGACGACUUAACAAGCUCAACGCCCAGUUCUCGUCUUACGGUAACAUCUCCACUGGACGCAGUGGCUAAGUUAUUGGAGACCAAAGAACUGGAAGAGACCCCCAUGUUUCCGGCAGUGAAGAGAAUCAAUAGGAUACCACUUAAGGAGCCGUCUAAAAGGGAUAUGAUGAUUUACAGGCGUUAUGUUAACUUCGAGCGUCGCUCCAACCCUCGGUACAAGUCGGAGUUGCACGUCGUGAUGACGGUGAGCAGCGCCUUCACCAUCGACAGCACGAUCGACGUCAUACCGCCGACGGUCACCAGAGCGUCCCGAGAGAUAUACCAGAACUAUAUACAGCGGACCGCGGGCCGCGUCACAGCGUCGCCGUCGUCAAUGUCAUUGUACACGAAUUAUGUUAAUUUCAAUAUGUAGAAUGUUAUAGAUUCAAGGCUCUUCUAUAUCAAAGGCAUGUGACGAAUUACGUAUUUAAUUUUGAAUUUUUCAGCAAACAUAAACUAGUGUCCGUACCUGUUUAGACGAAAUGACACAAAGUAAAAUAUAUCUCGAGGGGUGAAAGCAACAUUUCGAUUUUUCGGGGGUUUGUUGUAAGCGACCUUUCGAUUAAUACGCGACAUUUAUCUUUGUAAUUAAAGAAGUCCGUGUUUUAAUUUAGUAUCUAUAUAUUAAUACGUGAAGCAAAAACUUUGUAUCCCUUUUUAAGAAAAUUGCGCGAACGGAGGAGUAUGAAAUUUUCCACACUUAUAGAGAAUAUAGAGAAGUGCACAAUGCUAAUAAUUUUUUUAAAUAAUGCAUAAAAAAACAUUAAAUCAAUAAAGAAAACAUUACACACACUACAUACCAUGUAUUUGACGCACACACGCAUGCAUACUAUUUAUUGUCAAACUUUUGUUCUUGACGUCUGUUGUCAAUUGAGAAUAGAAUAUGGUUUGUCUUUGUUAAUAUUUCUUAAAGUGUAGUCUUGGCGAAAUUCGUGAAUAUAGAAGUAUAAAAUACAAUCAAAAUAGUGUACAAACUUUCAAUUCCAAUGAAUUAUAGUCGAAUUUCGACUACUGCGGGACCUCUAGUUUAUGUAAUUUAGUAUUAUUAGUAUGAGCAAUUCGUUGUUUUUAAUUAAACUUAAAUUAAGUUUACCACGUUCAAAUUAUAGUUGAAGAAGUUUUUUUUUUAUGACGUUUUUUUCCAAAUUCUACACCUUAAAUGGUUCUCCUGUGAAAUUGCGUAAAUGUCGCUUAAACCAAAUCGCCUUUCACCCGUCGAUAUGUAGAUGUCAAAUGAUAUACGGAGUUUUUGCGAAAAUGUCGCAAUUGAUUAAAAACCAAAAUAGCUUUAAAAAAAUGUUAUACACAAAUAAAACUUUUACUAUCGGCAGAUAGAUACAA